AUGGCCGACGUGAUUCCUGUUCUUCAGCGCGUGCAGUUCGCAAAUUAUUUUAUCAGCGCGUCGGUCCCGCUUCUGAUAUACGACUUCUGCCUCACGCUGGACGAUGAGGUCUCGUUGAUAUGGGGCUCUAAGCUCUCUUGGAUCAAGAUUCUUUACUUCAUGAACAGAUUGGCUCCAUUUUCAGAUGCGAUACUUGGAUUAGCUCGUCGGGUCUUGGCUCGCGAUGAAUGGGUGAUUCCGCUCUUGAGCUUGUAUGCCGAGCUCGCGCUCAAGUAG